AUGUCCUCACCAAGAGCACCACCAAGCGGCGUAUGGGCGCCUGCUAUCACAUUCUUCGAUCAUGACACCGAUACCCUGGACACCGAUUCCCAGGCGGCUUAUUACUCAUAUCUCUCCAAGACAGGUCUAGCAGGCCUUGUUGUCCUCGGUACAAACGCCGAAACCUUCUUAUUGACUCGCGAAGAACGCAAGGAGUUGUUGCAAACAGCUCGUAGAGCCUGCGGACCUAACUUCCCCAUCAUGGCUGGUGUCGGCGGACACUCAACGAAGCAAGUCCUCGAGUUCAUCGGCGAUGCAGCUGACGCUGGAGCCAACUAUGUUCUGCUUCUACCUCCUGCUUAUUUUGGGAAGCAAACGACACCGGAAGUUGUCAACAACUUCUUCGACGAUGUAGCCGCAAAGAGCCAGCUACCCAUCGUCAUCUACAACUUCCCUGUCGUUUGCAAUGGUAUCGACUUGGACUCUGCCACCAUUGCUGCCUUAGCCAAAAAGCAUAGCAACAUUGUCGGCGUCAAACUCACUUGCGGAGCUGUGGCUAAGAUCACGCGUCUUGCAGCUGAGCUUCCAGAGGAACGUUUCUCUAUCUACGGCGGCCAGUCUGACUUCUUGAUCGGAGGUCUCGCAGCUGGAUCUCAUGGUACCAUUGCCGGCUUCGCCAAUGUAGUCCCCAAGACGAUAGUGCACAUCUACAAUCUCUAUCAACAGGGCAAAUUCCAAGAAGCUAUGGCUUUGCAUAAGAAGGCUGCACUCGCUGAGCAACCGUGUAAGGCGGGUAUCGCAUCGGUGAAGUACGCUGCAACACUUAGUACGGCAAAGGCUGCCGGGAUCAAGGGCGCCGGAGACAAGCUCAAGCCAAGGAGGCCUUAUGUGGAACCCACUGAUGCGGCCAAGAAGAGUAUCGAAGCUCAAAUUGCUGAGAUGUUGAGCUUCGAAGCUACUCUGAAGCCAGCAGUAGAUAUUGGGCAUACCAAUGGUGUAGCGAAGGAGGUAACGAAUGGUGUUACGACUGGAGUACCCAAUGGUAUUGAGGUUCAUUGA